AUGAUUCGAUUGCGGAAUUUAAAAGUGCAUCUCUUUUGGAAAAUAUACUUACCGACAUUGCUUUGCCUAAUAGUUUACAAUGAAUAUCUAAUACACGUUUUUCACAGCCUGCAAUGGGCCCAAAUUGAAUGUCAAACUGACAACUGUCUAAAGAUAUUGCUGGUCGCAGACCCACAAAUAUUGGGGAAUACUUUCGACACUAAGCUGUACUGGCCACUGGCUAAUUUCGACUCCGAUAGGCACCUCGCUAUUACGUACCGUCAUGCAGUACAACACUCAAUGCCGGACAUUAUUUGUUUCUUGGGAGAUCUGAUGGAUGAAGGGAGCGUGGCAGAUGCUGACCAGUACGAGGAAUAUUUCCAAAGAUUUGCCAACAUUUUUCCUCAACCCACUGCACACACUUCGAUGAUUUACAUUCCAGGAGACAACGAUAUUGGCGGCGAAGGAUUUGAACCUGUGAAGGAUACAAACGUUCAACGAUUUCGGCAGUACUUCAAUGAACGUCCUUUUUGGAUGUUUCCAAAUGCAAUACAAAUUUUUAACGUGAACCGUAUAACUCGAGCGGCAAUUUGGAAUGAAAAUGUUGAAAAUAAUGAUCGUAGUUCGUUGAUUUUCUUCAUCAGCCAUAUAAGUCUUCUAAAACACGCUGAUUCAUACACAUUAAAAACAAUCGAGCAAUUUCAACCAGAUGUGAUAUUUUCAGCACAUGACCACACCUCAAAGUACACCAUAGUUAGAAAGAAUGUACCUGAAGUUGAACCUGUUUUCGUACCACUGAGCACCAGCCGAGAAACUCGGCACAGCAUUUCUUCAUUCAAUCUAGAAGAAAUUCGUAACAAUCAUGGAUUGUUAGAGAUAUCGGUGCCUACCUGUUCCUAUCGAAUGGGCGUCAUGAAAAUUGGUUAUGGCUUUGCGGUUUUGGACGGCGAAACACUUAGCUACACCGUGUUGUGGACUUCGCAGCGCUUCUACCAAUUGGCGUUCUACUCGUUGCUAAUCAUUCCGCUAAAGUUGCUCUGCGGACAAAUAUGGUGCAAUUUGCUGAAACGGUAUUGGUGCUGCUGCAGGUCUAGGAACCGAGACUACCUUCCAUUGCAUGUGGGAUAG